CAAAGCAGAGACAAGGUGAGGAAAAUAAAGCGUGUACAUAACCACACUAAACAUUGCUUAAAACACACCAAAAACACUGAAAUGGGCACAAAGUGGUUCACACUGCCCUGCGACAACCGCCUCAUUCAACUAUUGGGAACCUUAAAUGGAGGACAAAGUUUCCGGUGGAAGAGGGUCGACAGCUCAGAGGGCCAGCAGUGGUUGGGCGUGUUUGCAGCCAAGCUGUGGCUCUUGCAGCAGCAGAACGACUCUAUCCUGUACAAGGUUUACGAGCCUCAAGUGCAGUCGGAGCAGGCCUACAAUGCGCUGCUCAGAAACUAUCUGCGCCUGGACGUGGAUCUGGAAGAGCAAUAUGCCAAGUGGGGUGCACGCGACCCCCAUUUUCAAGAGGCAGCCAAGCAAUUCUACGGCAUUCGAAUCCUGCGGCAGGACGUGACUGAAAACCUGUUCUCCUUCAUCUGUUCCCAAAACAACCACAUUUCCAGGAUUAGCAGCUUGGUGGAGAAAUUGGCCCAGUUCUACGGCGAGAAAAUCUGUGAACUGGACGGCGCCACCUACUACAGUUUUCCACAGGCGGAAAAACUGGCCGCUGAUGGGGUGGAAGCGAAGCUCAGAGCCAAUGGUUUUGGAUACAGAGCCAAAUACAUCAGCCACAGCGCCAAAGCGAUUGCAGAACGGGGCAGCAAACAGUGGCUCGAACAACUGCAGGAACUAGACUAUGCAGCCGCUAAGAAAAAGCUUGUGGGCCUUAUGGGGAUUGGGGCCAAGGUGGCCGACUGCAUUUGCUUAAUGUCUCUGGGACAUUUGCAAGCCAUUCCAGUGGACACGCACAUUUACCAAAUCGCUGCCCGCUUUUACAUGCCAAAACUCGUGCAGCAGAAAACCGUCACUGAAAAAGUGUACAAUGAAAUAGGCGAUCAUUUCCGAGAGCUGUACGGGCCUUUAGCAGGAUGGGCACACACGGUGCUGUUUUGCGCCGAUUUGAAGCAGUUUCAGCAAGGUGCCAAAGAACCCAAAAGGAAAAAACGCAAGGCGAGCUAAGGAAGAUUUAUUUUUUUAAAUAAUAAAUAUCCGUCACUUUUUGAA